AUGAAUACCAACAAUAUUGAUCAUCAACCUCAUUGGGAUGAAUUACUUUCGCAAACCGAAUUACGACGAAUCAGAGAAGAAAACAAAUGGAAUCACAUUCAACAACAACAACCAAAGAAGAAACGACGCUGUUGUGGUAAUCGAAAGUUACAACGCUUCCGAAAGGCGUGUCGAGCACAAGGAUUGACUGAGCAAAGAAUAAAAAUGCUGAUAGAAAUGCAACAGCCUCUGGAUUACAACAUAGACAAUAAAAACCGACAAGACGAUGCUUCUACAUGGAAUCCAAGUCAUACAAUCAACAUUUCAAUGAAUAAAAAUCAGAAUCAAUUCAAUAAAUGUCAAACUACUAGGAUGAUUCCAUCUUCUACAUCAAUACAACCAAUGAAAGUCCAUCAUCUAUCAAAGGAAGAUUGGAGACAAUCAUCUCAACUAAUACCAAAUUAUAACCGAUUGUCACGUGAUACAUUUAAACAGUUAAUCUUGAAAAACAUUCAUAGCAUUUAUCAUGAUCAAAUUCAACAAUGUUUAGCAUGUAUUCAAUUGUUAAAAUGUGUUCAACGACUUGCUAAUUUAUGGUGUCAUUUUUUUCAAUUGAAAAUUGAAGAAGAUUAUUGGAAUUAUUUAGAUAACUUGCACCUACUUGUCAUGGUUUGGUUAUCCGAAGAUGUAUCGAAAGAAAUGAUUCAACGAAAUUCUAUCGAUUGA